UUUUAGAAUUUGUUCAUAUUCUUUUCCACGACAGAGUUAGGGUUUCAUCAUAUUCUUCACUCCCUCCUCCACCCUCCGCCACCCUCACUCUGCCGGACUAUACUCGAAGAUUGCUCUUCUGUCUAUUGCAAAUCAGCCAAAUAUAAGGAUACCCAACCCAUUGCUAUGCUUGGGUAAACUCAACUCGGCUGCUGUGUCGUCCUCGUCGAAGCUCACUCGAUUUCUUCCUCCAUUGUCUUCGCAAUUGCUGUUUAGAGAAAAAUGAGGAAAGGGUUACAUCCUCAGAUGCAAUGGAUAUCCUACGUAACACAGAGUGGCAGAUUGAUGCACAUUAUGAUGACUAAAAUACACCAUGUUGGUAAAGUUUACCACUUGAAAGCCAAACGCCAAAUGGCUGAGAGCGUUGGGCAGAUUGCCAAGUUUAGGCAGCGUUAUGAGAAACAAGCUCCUGGGAAUUCUGAAACUUGAUUUCAUCAGAGAUUUGUAGUGUUCUUAAAAGUGUUUCAGUUGGCCCUCCUUUGAAAUAAACAUGAACCUAUUGAGUGCAGUGAAGCACCACAUUUUUUUUUAUGUAUUUAGAUGCUUUGUUUUGAAGAAAGGUCUUCAUUUUAUGUAUUUAGAUGCUUUGUUUUGGAGAAAGGUCUUCAUUUUAUUCUCAUAUUACUAUUUACGAUUUGCAUUGAUCCAAUCCAAGUCAUCAUAAAAAUUUAGUUUCUGUUGGAAAACUUGUGAAGAAACACAUGUUUUGAUCCUAUCAUUUCUAUCAUGCAAAGCCAAAUCUGAAGUUGUAUAAAUAUAUAAAUAGUAAUAUGUAUAUAUGUAUGUAUGAGUAGGGAAAGCACAAAAGAUAACAAGGAUAGAAAGGUGGCUAAUGUGUUGGUGGGCAUUCACUGGCCUUACCCAUAUGAUACUUGAGGGUUAUUUUGCCUUCUCUCCAGAAUUUUACAAGGAUAAUAAGACUGCAUGUUACUUGGCUGAAGUUUGGAAAGAAUACAGCAAAGGGGAUUCAAGAUAUGUAGCCAGGGCUUCUGAUAUUGUUGCUGUUGAAGGAUUAACUGCAGUGCUUGAAGGUCCAGCUUGCCUUCUUGCCAUAUAUGCAAUUGCUACAAGAAAGUCAUAUAGUUACAUUCUUCAGUUUGCCAUUUCUUUGGGGCAACUCUAUGGAACUUACUUCAUAACUGCAUUUUUGGAUGGUGACAGCUUUGCCACAAGUCCAUUUCACUACUAUGCAUACUAUGUUGGUGCCAACUUCUCAUGGUUGGUGAUACCAACUCUCACUUGCAUCCGGUGUUGGAAGAAGAUCUGUGCAGCAGUGGAGGUGGCUCAACCUCGAGCCCAGAAAAAGACCACGACUCGCUGAGAGCUUAAAUGAAGAUGGUAACUUUAGUCCUUUUCACAACUUUAUGUAAUAAAUUAUGAUCAAUUUCUGGGACUUUUUUUUGGAUGAUUUAGUGAAUAAUAAUAUUCAAUGAAGUCAACACAAGGUGAUUACUGCAUCUUUAUGCCUUGUAGAA